UUCCAAUUGAAAAUAUACCAAUACCAAAAAGUGAACCAGCUCAAUGGGAAGUGGAUACAACCUGGAAUGAUAUUUGUAAGAAUAUCCAGAAUGCUAUCAAACCAAUGAAAUGUAGUGCACAUUGUGAUUUUAUGAAAUGUACAGAAAUUGUUGAAAUCAAUAAGCUUUUGGAUGAAGAAUUUCAAUUUAUGCUACACUUAGCAAUGCCAUUGUGGCGAAACUGGCCAUUGAUGAAAGAUCGAAAAAGAGCAGGACUCUGGAUUCAAACAUUAUGUACUUUGCAUUAUAAUUGUUUCUGUACAAACAUGCGAGUUAUACGAAAUGAUUAUUUAAUGGCUUUACUAGGGUAUUUGUACAGUAAAAACCUAAGUGGUCCAUUCAAAUUGAAGCCUCCAAAUGACACCUUAUACCCUUUAGAAACAAUGGCAAUAGAAUAUUUAAAUAAUGUACGAUCGAAUGCACUGAAUCCCGACGGACAAUUACUCAAUGAGUUUCUAGUAGAUCAACCGUUACCAGAAGAUGGUGGUGCAUUUUGUUUCUUUGCAAUAACCGGUCAAAUAUUAAGAGGAGGACAACGCAAAACAUCAAAAUCAUGCUCAUGCCCGUGUAGCGAUUUUCGAAUAUAAAUACUUAUAACCCAGUAAAAGAUGUUACAAAAAUCGGCUAAUUGAGAAAAAUGAAACAUACCACUUACUUGUGUCACUUAGGUGUC